GCUCUGGGCAGGAGUGAGGGUGUUCGUGGAUAAUCUGCUUCUCUGGGAUACUCAUCACUCAGGACAAGGUGUGCAGAUAUUAACUGUUAAUGAAUUUACCCUUGUGUCCCCAGGAGGUAGGUCAGGGUCAUUAUCCCCAUUUCACAGAUGGGGAAACUGAGGCACGGACCGGCCGGGACUUGCCUAGGCUCACACAGGCACCUGGCAGAGCUCGCAAUGGAAACUAACCUGCAAAGAUUCAGAGUGCGCCUGUCCUUCCCUGUAAUGGGCAAGUACAACCGGUGGACGAUACGCCCCAGCUCGGACAGAGAUGGAGCACUGCAUGCUGGGAGCUGUAGUCUCCAUAAUGAAGAUGAGAGCAGUUCCAGGCCAUGCCGACUCCAUGGGCCACCCCAGCCUAGCCUGGGAGCAGAUGGUGCUGCGGCGAGGUUAUUGCAGGACGAGUCCUGCCACCCGGGCCCCGGAGUUGGCUGCAGCGGUGACGCCCCCGCCAGACCUGGGGAGCGAGGCUGGGCCCUGCUGAUCGUUGCCCGGAGCGAGUCUCCUGGGCGUUCUGGGGACUUCGUUUUGACCUGCUAAGAAUGAAAUUGAAAACCCCACCUCUCCAAACCCCUGCCCCCAGGGCGGCACCUUCAUGUCUUCCUUUGCCAGUCGCAAGUUCGGGGUGGGGGGUGCUGAGAUCGGAGUGGCGUGAACUGGAAGGAUGGGAGCCGCGGGGGCUGCAGGCGGCCUGGGGGAUUCGGUGCCUGUGACACUGACGCUCUGUGCUCAGGAAGAGGGAAUGGGCAGAAAGGGAGCUGAGCAGCCUCGCCCAUUGCGUUCACGUGGGGGGCUGUUUGUCUGGUCUCUCAGAUGGGACUGUCGGGUGCAGCUCCGCUCUGGGGAUGACGUGGAUCGGGCCAGGCAGGCUGGGGGGCGGGUGUCUAACUUGAUCUUCAGUGGGUCCCAUCUGGAGAGUUUUGAGAGUCUCUGAGUUGUUUAAUUUUCACCAGUCGCUGAGGAUGGGGCGUAGAAGCACCUGGGAGAGGUGAUAAUGGGAGUCCAGGCACUGUACCCCAUGGAGUCUCCUCCCCCCAUGGCUGGGAGUGACGCGUGUGUUUGCAGUCUGUGCUCCUGAAAUGGCUCUCGGUAACCCGAGCUGCAUUUCUGCCAUGCCCUUUGAGAGGCCUCGGGAUGUACACUGGGCUUUUCAUUAGCAGUCUGGGCCUGGCUUUGCCAGCCCGCAGCCCGCGCCUCCCCCUGCUCGCAGGCUCUGUGAGAACACGUUAGCUUUGCUGUGCCCAGCCAGCAGUAGGACAGGGAGCGGGGAGCUAAGCCCAGAUCCCUGUCUGAGAAGUGCCCUGUCAUUCCAGCAGCUGCCGCGGAGCCUCGUCCUGACACCCGGUUACAGCUCAGAGCCAGCUGAUCGCUGAGCCGAUGCUGGGCCGAGCUGGUUUUCCUUUGGAUUAUCACUGGCCUAGCAUCGUGUCUUCUCCAGCCGCUCUAAUGCGCCAGGCACUGUGAGAAUCUCAUCGCUUACGCACUGGGCACCCAGCUGCAGCGACCCGUGACCAGGGCCUGGGGAGCCGGGACAGGGACUACACCCAGCCAGGUCUCUGGCUCCCCUCCUGAGAUGUGUUCUCCCAGCCCCGCCCGCAGCCCACCUCCCUUCCAUGGGUAGCGCCCGCCUGGCUGAGUUCCUGACGAGCACUCUCAAGAAUGGAUAGUCCACCCAAGCUGGCAGGAGAAACGCUGAUUGUCCAUCACAUUCCCCUGGUUCAUUGCCAGGUCCCCGACCGACAGUGCUGCAGUGGGAGCAAGAGGACCAAUCCGUUUUGCCAGCCAGACCUGGGCAUCGUGCGGACCGCCUCUCUGCCGGAGCGGGACCUCUCGCAGACGGACUCCCUGGUGUACAGCACCUUGCUGCAGGCCUCGGACGCGCCGCCAGAGCCUGCAGAGGACAAAGAGAGCAAAGCGCGAGACUCGGUCAUCCCCGGCGUCACGACACGGCACAAUCCCUUCCUCCUGGGCGACAGCGAGGGGCAUGGUCUCCUCAGCGACAACACGGGCCAGAAGUCCUUCCACCUGCACAGCUCCAUGGUGGCCGGCAAGCCGGCCUUCCAGCUGCACGAGCUGCCGCUGCCGCCCUUCCACCUCCACGACGCCGGCCACGUGGUGAAACCCUGGAGCAUGGCCAGCAGGUCCGGCGUGGUGGACGGGCAAGAGGACAAACUCACAAGCGCCGACGUCCAGAAGAGGAACGACGUUGAUUGCUGCCCGCUGGCCUCGGAGUGCAUGGAGCUGGACGAGUGCAGCUGCCAGCAUGGGAGCUUCUCCUUCGAGGGCGGCGACCAGGACUGGAACAAUAGCUCUGACGAGUCAGGGAGGAACCCGGGCGCCCUGCACAGCCGGACCUGCAGCUGUUCCAGCACGGAGCUCCCGCACUGCCGGUGCUACAGCACGUCAAGCCAGUCUGAGACCGGGGACCAGCAGAUGGGAUACAUCAGCGACUCUUCUUGCAACAGCUCGGACGGGGUCCUGGUGAACUUCAGUGCCCUCUACAACAAAAUGAACGGCCAUUCUCGCUCCAACUUGAACUCUGCCAACUUGUCCUGUGACUCUUCCUUCUGCAGCCACUCGGACACCGGGGCCUUUUACCUGGAUCUGCAUUCGUCACCCCUGGAAUCCAAGAUGUCUUGUGAAUCGCACAACCCGGAGAGCUCGGGGAAAGUGUGUGGGUGCCACCGCCCGUCUUCUCCUGUCUUAGAUGCCAACUGCAACUCCUACCACCUGCACUGCGAGCCGUGCACUUCGGAGAGCUCAGACCUCACCGCUUGCUUCCAGAGCCAAGCCCGGCUCGUGGUGGCCACCCAGAACUACUAUAAAUUAGUCACCUGUGACUUGUCUUCCCAGUCGUCGCCUAGCCCUGCAGGCUCUUCCAUAACCAGCUGCUCUGAAGAUCACACCAAAGCGAGCCCUGUCCAGCCCUCGGAGUACUACUUGUUUCGAAGGCCCGAUGCCCAGCCGGAGGAGAGUGAUGGGGAAUGCUUCAUGGCGGAGACCAAGGGCGAAGCUGUGAAAAACACGAUUGAGGGGCAAGUGUAUGUCAACAUAUCCCCGCCUAACCUGAACGCCGGCCGGCCUCGCUCCAGGAGCUACGAUCGGAACCUGGACCGGAGCCCCACGAGCCGGCUGGGCUCCCUGGAGCGCAUGAUGAGUUGUCCGGUCAAGCUGAGCGAGAGCCCAGCGCUGGCGAUUCAGAGCUCGCCCCCGAAGCGGGUGACUUCCUUUGCUGAGCUGGCGAAAGGCAGGAGAAAGAACGGCUCCUCCCCGCCGCUCAGAACCAGCGGUGACUCCUCCUUGGAGUUCUCGCCCAUCCCCGAGUUCCAGCGGGACUGCCCAGGGCUUCUCGAGGACGGAGCGCGACGCUGCCAGAGUCUCCCGCCCAUGCCUUUUGGCCAUUGCCUGAACCGGAGCUGCGAGGGCUACCGUGUGGAGCACAGAUUCGGGGAUGGCCUGAGGGCGUGUCCCAGCAAAGACUCAGGUGCCAACGGCCAUGGGGCAGCCGAGCAGGCCUCUCUCUCUCUGCUGAUGGAGGCUGGUGCCAGCUUCUCAGGCAGCCCUGCCAGUGGGCACGGACAACGAGAUGUUAGAGCCAGAGCGGAUGGUGGCGGCGCGGACAGCAAGGCCGUGGUGCGGUACAGCAAGGAGCAGCGCCCCACCACCCUGCCCAUCCAGCCCUUCGUCUUCCAGCACCACUUCAGCAAGCAGCCCAAGGCCCGGGCCCUGCACAGCCACUUCGCUGCCAGCCUCUCGCAGCUCUACGGCGCCUCCAGCAGCCGGCCCGCCAGCCAGCAGCCCUCCUCCAACUCCCAGUCCUCCGCCUCCGCCACCUCGGCGGAGCAGCCCGGGGCCGCGGGGGGGCUGGCGCAAGGCGCGCUCCUGGCCCAGCGCUCGGCGGACGGAGCCGCCUCCCUCGGCGACGGCUACGCCAAGAAGCCGGCCCCGGAGAGCACCCGGCCGUCCCCCCUCGGGAGCUACUCCCCGGUGCGCAGCACUGCCCCUUUCUUCCAGAGCCUGGACUCGUCCUGCUCGCCCACCCCAGAGAGAGCCGGCGAGAGCCACCCUCCCCGCAGCAGGUCCUGCCCGCUCUCUGCCAACCUGCUCCCCACCAGGGCCUCCCCCUCUGCAGGCGCCGUGCUGCCCCCCCAGGCUGAUGCCCUGCACCGCCAGGAGAGCCCCCGGCCGGUCCCCAGGAAGGAGGUGCCGUUGGAGCAGAGGGCGCAGAUCUCCGAGUACCGACUCCAUGACGGCUCCCUCCCGCCUCUGGCAUCUGAGGGGGCGAGUGCCAGCCGAGCGGGGGGCCCUGCGGAGCCCCAGUGGAGAGGCAGCAGUGAGGCCGGAAGUUCGGGGUCGCUGAGCAGUGUGGGCACGAGGCCCCUCAAUGCAAACCACCUCUCCCCUCAAGCGCUGAAGUGGCGGGAGUACAGGCGGAGGAACCCGCUGGGCCUGGACCGCGGCUCGGGGCUGGCUGGGUUAGCAGGCAGCCUGGACAGGAGGCAGCAGGAGCCCCAACUCGCCCGGAGGAACCCCAUCUUUGAGUUCCCUGGUUCCCUCAACACCGGCCACGUUCACGGCAGGCUGAAUGGCCAGCCUGUGAAACAGCUCCAGCUGGGCUACGCCGACUUCUUCCCGGAGUACUUCUCGCUGGCGGAGAAGCCGCCGGCCGAGUUCUGCCUCUCCCCGGAUGGCAACACGGAGUCCAUCUCCAUCGACCUGCUGCAGAAGAAAGGGCUGGUGAAGGCCAUCAACACGGCCGUCGAUCUGAUCGUGGCUCACUUCGGAACGAGCCGGGAGCCGGGGGUGAAGGCCAAGCUCGGGAACAGCUCGGUGAGCCCCAACGUGGGGCACCUCAUCCUGAAAUACCUGUGCCCGGCCAUCCGAGACAUCCUGAGUGACGGGCUCAAGGCCUACGUCCUGGACGUGAUCAUCGGCCAGCGGAAGAACACGCCCUGGAGCGUGGUGGAGGCGUCCACCCAGCUAGGCCCCUCCACCAAGGCGCUGCACGGCCUUCACAGCAGGAUCAGCCAGUUCGCCGAGCUGACCAGCCACAGCAUGAGGUUCAACGCCUUCAUCUUCGGCCUUCUCAAUGUCCGGGCUCUGGAGUUCUGGUUCAAUCACCUCUAUAACCACGAAGACAUCGUCCUGGUGCACUACCAGCCGGUGGGCUUCCUGUGCCUGUCCCACGGCGUGUGCCAGCCCCUGUUCGAGGAGCUGCUGCUCCUGCUCCAGCCCCUGUCCCUGCUGCCCUUCAGCCUGGACCUGCUCUUCGAGCACCACCUGCUGCAGAUGGGCAAGGAGCAGCAGCAGCAGAAGCAGCUGCUGCGGGUCAAGCAGGACCUGCUGCUCUCCGUUCACUCCACCCUGCAGCUGAUGCGCACCCGGGGCAGCCCCGAGGAGCCGGACGGCUGGAGCGCGGCCCCGGAGCGCGCCGGGGAAGAGGGGCUGUCUGCAGGCCGGGGCCAGGAGGGAGCGGCGUGGGAACGGGUCAAGGGGGUGGGCGCCAGGGAGGAGGAGCAGAGGAAGGCGAAGGACAGCGCCUGGGAGGGGAAGAAGGACAAGCAGGCCGGCUGGUGGUACCAGCUCAUGCAGAGCUCUCAGGUUUACAUCGAGGGCUCGGCCGAGGGCUCCAAGUUCAUCCGCCCCGAGAAGAAGAAGCCGAAGGCGCCAGGAGCUGCGCCCCGGCCGGCCGAGGGCGGGAAGGCCCCCCCUCCCCGCGAGGGCGUGGUGGAGGGGGCGGAGGCCUGCCCCGUCGCCGAGGAGAAGCCCAAAGCUGCGGCAGAGCCUGGAGAGAAGCCGGGCGAGGCCAACGAGCGGAGCUGGCCCUCCUGGAUGGGGAGCCCCCCGGACUCGGUGCUGACAGAGCUGAAGCGCAGCAAGGACAAGGAAAACGGGGCUCCCCAGAGACAGGGGGUGGCCGCGCCCCCCGCGGAGGAGAGCAGCCCUGGGGCCCCCGACAGCAGCCAGCCCAUCAAGUGGGGACACCUGUUCGGGGCUAGGAAAGUGCAGAAGGAGGCCAGGCAGCCCAACAGGUUACCCUCCGGCUGGCUGACCCUGGACAGGUCCGUGUUCCAGCUCAUGGCCCAGACGGUGGGGGCAGGAAUGUGGAGAGAGGCGGCCCCAGAGCCCGAGCGGCCCAGCGAGCCCCCUGAACAGCAGCUGCCUGGGGGGCUGCCCCCCCAAAUCCCCUGCGAGGUGAAAGCGCUUUGCCAUCACAUCGCCACCGAGGCGGGGCAGCUCAGCUUCCCCAAAGGGGCCGUCCUGCGCGUGCUGGCCAAGGUGGACGGCGACUGGCUGCGGUGCGGCCUGGGCUCGCAGAGCGGGCUGGUGCCCAUCAUGUACGUCACCCACCCGGCGGACGAGGACUAUUGACGCGGCCGGGACGCCGCGGACAGGACCACAGGCUGCUCUGUGGGGCCGCCCGGCAGGGGGGACAGACGCAGCUUCUCGCUAGUCCGUACCGUGCUCGCCCUGCCCGACAGCCCGUAACCCUGGGGGCGCCUCGCCUGCCCCAUGCACCUGCCACGGCUGCCGCGCCCCGGGGGACCUCGUGCCAGGCGCCGCCGUGCAUGCAGCCUCCCGUCACCGCGCUCCAUCUCCAGCACCGGAUGCCAUGGCCUCGGACGUAGCAGGACUCCAGGCGGCCUCGCUCUGCAGUGGGGGCUGCCCAGCCAAGUACCCUGAUGGGCUGGGGGCUCCUGGACUGAGCAGGGGCUGGCCGCCGGAGACUACAGCCCCCAGCAUGCACUGCUCCGUCUCCGUCAGAGCCAGCUGGCCCCCGCAUGCUGACCGGGCCUCUGCUGCAGGCUGCCCCCUUGUGGCGUCAGGCUGCAUUGCCGUGCUCGGCCAGGGCUGCUUGUGGCCCAAUCAGCACACGGCUGCGGCCCAUGUGACAGGCUCAGGGCCAUACAGGGGGGCUGUAUUGUGUGGCGGCGCCCACAGGACACACAGGAGCUGCCCACCAUGGUUGCUCGGCUGCGAAGCCUGGCGUGCGUGCAGCCCCGGGCGCACGCUGUGUGAAUGCCGCAUGUAUUGUACCAAGCCCAGGAACCCGGCCAGCAGCCUGGCACGGCCACACCACGGGCUUCCUGCUGGCCGGGCACGGGAUGAGUGCGUCUAGGCCAACAACCGUUCAGUGUUAGAGGGGAUGAGCCCUGUGCAGACGCAGUGCUGUGGGGUGCAUGCGUCCCCCCCACCCCCCUCCAAAUCCGCUGCUCCAGCCAUGGAGGCACUGCCUGGGGAGGGGCACAAGGCCAUUCCCAGCAGG